AUGGGCCGCCCCGAACGGGGCGCGCUCCGGCCGCUGGCGCUGCUGCUGCUGCUGCUGCUGCUGCUGCUGCUGCUGCAGCUCCAGCAUCUCGAGGCGGCGGCGGAUCCACUGCGCGGCGGCCAAGGGUCGGUCAAGGAGUGCGAAGAGGACCAGUUCCGGUGCCGGAACGAGCGCUGCAUCCCCUCUGUGUGGAGAUGCGACGAGGACGACGACUGCUCGGACAACAGCGACGAGGAUGACUGCCCCAAGAAGACCUGUGCGGACAGCGACUUCACCUGUGACGACGGCCACUGCAUCCGAGAGCGGUGGAAGUGCGAUGGCGAGGAGGAGUGUCCCGACGGCUCCGACGAGUCCGAGGCCACUUGCACCAAGCAGGUGUGUCCCACAGAGAAGCUGAGCUGUGGACCCACCAGCCACAAGUGUGUGCCCGCUUCGUGGCGCUGUGAUGGGGAGAAGGACUGCGAGAGUGGAGUGGACGAGGCCGGCUGUGCCACCUUGUGCGCCCCGCACGAGUUCCAGUGCAGCAACCGCUCUUGCCUGGCUGCCGUGUUCGUGUGCGACGGCGACGACGACUGUGGCGACGGCAGCGACGAGCGUGGCUGCGCCGACCCGGCCUGCGGGCCCCGCGAGUUCCGCUGCGGCGGCGACGGCGGCGCCUGCAUCCCCGAGCGCUGGGUCUGUGACCGCCAGUUCGACUGCGAGGACCGCUCGGACGAGGCGGCCGAGCUCUGCGGCCGCGCGGGCCCCAGGGCCACGUCCGCGCCUGCCGCCUGCGCCGCUGCCGCCCAGUUCGCCUGCCGAAGCGGCGAGUGCGUGCACCUGGGCUGGCGCUGCGACGGCGACCGCGACUGCAAGGACAAGUCGGACGAGGCCGACUGCCCGCUGGGCACCUGCCGUGGAGACGAGUUCCAGUGUGGGGAUGGGACUUGUGUCCCUGCCAUCAAGCGCUGCAACCAGGAACAGGACUGUCCAGACAGGAGUGAUGAAGCUGGCUGCCUGCAGGAGUCAACAUGUGAGGGUCCCCGCAGAUUUCAGUGUAAGAGUGGCGAGUGCGUGGACGGCGGGAAAGUGUGUGAUGCUCAGAGGGACUGCCGGGACUGGUCAGAUGAGCCUCUGAAAGAGUGUGGGCUGAACGAGUGUCUGCACAACAAUGGCGGCUGUUCCCACAUCUGCACCGACCUCAAGAUCGGCUUUGAGUGCACGUGCCCAUCGGGCUACCGGCUCCUGGACCAGAAGACCUGUGGUGACAUUGACGAGUGUGAGGACCCAGACGCCUGCAGCCAGAUCUGUGUCAAUUACAAGGGCUACUUUAAGUGCGAGUGCCACCCUGGCUACGAGAUGGACACCCUGACCAAGAACUGCAAGGCCGUCGCUGGCAGAAGCCCGUCCCUAAUCUUCACCAACCGGCACGAAGUGCGGAGGAUAGACCUGGUGAAGCGGGACUACUCGCGUCUCAUCCCCAUGCUCAAGAACGUCGUGGCGCUGGACGUCGAAGUUGCCACCAAUCGCAUCUACUGGUGUGACCUCUCCUACCGCAAGAUCUACAGCGCCUACAUGGACAAAGCCAGCGACCCGACAGAGCAGGAGGUCCUCAUUGAUGAGCAGCUGCACUCUCCAGAGGGCCUGGCAGUGGACUGGGUCCACAAGCACAUCUACUGGACCGACUCGGGCAACAAGACCAUCUCAGUGGCCACAGUUGAUGGCGGACGCCGCUGCACUCUCUUCAGCCGUGACCUCAGUGAACCCCGGGCCAUUGCCGUCGACCCCCUGCGAGGGUUCGUGUAUUGGUCUGACUGGGGGUACGAGGCUAAGAUCGAGAAGUCUGGGCUCAACGGUAUGCACCGGCAGACACUGGUGUCAGACGGUAUUGAGUGGCCCAACGGAAUCACCCUGGAUUUGCUGAGCCAGCGCUUGUACUGGGUGGACUCCAAGCUGCACCAGCUGUCCAGCAUUGACUUCAGCGGAGGCAACAGGAAGAUGCUGAUUUCCUCCCCUGACUUCCUGAGCCACCCUUUCGGGAUAGCUGUGUUUGAGGACAAGGUGUUCUGGACAGACCUGGAGAAUGAGGCCAUUUUCAGUGCAAAUCGGCUCAAUGGCCUGGAAAUCUCCGUCCUAGCUGAGAACCUCAAUAACCCACAUGACAUUGUCAUCUUCCAUGAGCUGAAGCAGCCAAGAGCUGCAGAUGCCUGCGAGCUGAGUGCCCAGCCCAAUGGAGGCUGUGAGUACCUGUGCCUUCCUGCUCCUCAGAUCUCCAGCCACUCCCCCAAGUACACUUGUGCCUGUCCUGACACAAUGCGACUGGGCCCUGACAUGAAGAGGUGCUACCGAGCACCUCAGUCUACCUCAACUACGACGUUAGCCUCCACCACGACGAGGACAGUAGCCGACACCACCAGAGCCCCUGGGACCACCGUCCGCAGCCCCGCCUACCAGAACCACAGCACAGGGACACCAAGCCUGGCAGCAGCGGUCCCAAGCUCAAUUAGUGUUCCCAGGGCUCCCAGCAUCAGCCCGUCUACCCCACGCCCUGCAACCAGCAACCACUCCCAGCACUAUGGGAAUGAAAGUGGCAAGAUGGGCUCAACAGUCACUGCUGCUGUCAUUGGGAUCAUUGUGCCUAUGGUGGUUAUAGCCCUGCUGUGCAUGAGUGGCUACCUGAUCUGGAGAAACUGGAAGCGGAAGAACACCAAAAGCAUGAAUUUCGACAACCCCGUAUACAGGAAAACGACAGAAGAAGAGGAUGAGGAUGAGCUCCACAUAGGGAGGGCUGCUCAGAUUGGCCAUGUCUAUCCAGCAGCGAUCAGCAGCUUUGAUCACCCACUGUGGGCAGAGCCCUGUCUUGGGGAGACCAGAGAAAUGGAAGACCCAGCCCCUGCCCUCAAGGAGCUUUUUGUCUUGCCGGGGGAACCAAGGUCACAGCUGCACCAACUCCCGAAGAACCCUCUUUCCGAGCUGCCUGUCGUCAAGUGCAAGCGAGUGGCAUUAAGCCUUGAAGAUGAUGGACUGCCCUGAGGAUGGGACCACUCCCUUCGUGCCUCAUGGAAUUCAGUCCCAUGCACUACACCCUGGAUGGUGUAUGCCUGGAUGGAAGGGUUUCUGUACAUGAGUCUGUGUGUCUGUGUGUGUGUGUGCGUGUGUAAUUUUUUUUAAUUUAUAUUGCGGAAAGGUAACCACAAAGUUAUGAUGAACUGCAAACAUCCAAAGGAUGUGAGAGUUUUUAUAUGUAUAAUGUUUUAUACACUUUUUAACUGGUUGCACUACCCAUGAGGAAUUCAUGGAAUAGCUACUGCUGAGUGACUAACGUGAUGUACAUAACCAAAUGGGGCCGAUGGUACAGUAGCUUACUCACCACUUAAAAAUUAUAUUUACAGAGGGUAUUUGGUUUUGGGGGGCUUUUUUAGGUUUCAGAGUUUUGUUUUUUUGUAAAUAGAAUGAUUAUGCUUUGUGGCUAUCCAUCAUCAUAAGUAAAAAAAAGAAAACACUUCAACUCUCUCUCCCAUUUAGAUUAUUUAUUAACAUAUUUCAAAAGUAAGAUUAGUUCUAUAAGUAAUUUAGAGAGGUGAGAGUAUUUAUUUUUGGUAUGAUUGGCCUACCACCCGGACUCUGUGUGCAUUUAUGUUUAUGUGUGUAUGUGAGUGAGAAAGAAAAAUCUGUAGAGAAGAGGCACACCUAUGGCUGUUGUUCAGAUACAUAAUGAUAAAUAUAUUUUAAAACAGUCCACAAGAAGGGUUAUCUGUAGUUUUCAGAGAAGCCUUUGGAAAUUUGGAUCAGAAAAGAGAUACCAUGGUUUGUGCAAACAUGCAGUGGGGAGAGGUAGAUCUUUUCUGCCUCUGGCUGUUCCUGGGAUUCCAAUCAGUCAGGAAAAGCCCCUCAGCUCACCCGUGGCUACUGUGGUUCUUACCUGGGCUUUCUCUUCUGUGGCUAAAGCCAGUGUACAGACUUCACACAGUACCCAAAGUUGCCGCAAGCUCAGGUGAGAACAUGCCUGAACCUCGGCUACUCCUUGUUUUAAAGUUCAGCAUUUCAAGUAACUUCAUUUUCCUUUAGGACACUUGGGUUGAAUUCACUGUUUCCUCUGAAGCACACUGAGGGUGCCAUCCUUACUUACAGAGAGCUAAAUGGAGAUGUUUCUUGAACAGCCCAAGUUUAUUGUUGGGACUGGCUCAGGCACUGACCUCUGAGUAUGCUAUGGGUUGAGGAUAAGAAUGGAGGAAUAGGUUUUGUUACAUCUCUAUUUCUCCCUUCCCCUUACUCUCUACCAUUUCCUUUAGGUGGAGAAUACAAUUUAAAGUGAUACAUAGGUUUGUUACCAUCGUGUGUUCACAUAGAUGAAACUCAUAUUUGGCUUAAAUCAGAAAAAGUGGCCAAACCUAAAGUCCUGUUUGAGGGGGAAACGGCGUACACAAUACUACAGUAUAUUGGAUAUAUAUGUUCACACAGGGAUUUGGUUUACUGCUUUGUAAAUAAAAGGAGAAAC